CCAGGCGAGUCCUAGCGACCAAUCACCGAGCCAUUUGCCCAGCUUUCAGAGGAAGCUUCCGAGGGGAUCCUCCGCACUAAUUAGGGACUGACGAAUCGGUCGCACCUCGGCGGACCAAGGGACCCACUCCUCGGCCUCCAUGGAUCGCCGCUGGACUUUGGCAAAGCGGAGAGAGCGCUGCUGAGAGAAGAAGAAGGAGAGGAGGAGGAGGAGGAGGAGGAGGAGAUCCGGUUUUUCUUUCCAAAGGCAGAACUUCUCUUGCAACUUCUGCAACAGACCCACCAACCCAACCCCGCUCUCCGCCCGCCCAGCCGGCCUUCCUUUGGGUCUUGUGCCUUUCCUUUUCUGGAUGGAGUGAGGGAGGCGGUGGCGGGGAAGGCUCCCGCCUGGCUCGGCCUCUCUGCCCGGAGUGAAGGCUGGCGGGGACCCUUCUUCCAUUCCGCCGAUGAGCCUCUCCCCGGGACUUUGAGGCGCGACCACGAGGCCCAGGAGGAAGACCAAGCGGAGGAAGAGGAGGAGGAGAAGGAGGAGGAAGGCCGUCCUCGACCGGAGGCUCGGCGGGGCGGCUGCGGCGGGGGCUGCUCGGGGCUCUUCGCCGGGAUGUUCCAGCCCACCCCGAAGCGGUGCUUCACCAUCGAAUCCCUGGUGGCCAAAGACAGCCCCUCCGCCUUGCCGGCCUCCCGGGCCGAAGAGCCCCUCCGCCCGGCGGCCCUCAGCUAUGCCAGCCCCGCCGCGGGGCCCAUGAACCCCUUCCUCAACGGCUUCCACGCCGCCGCCGCCGCCGCCGCCGCCGCUUCCUCCUCCUCGGCCGCCGCCGGAGCCGGGCCCCGCGGGGUCUACGCCGCCAACCCGGAGCUGGUCUUCGCCGAGGCCGUCUCCCACCCGCCCAACCCGGCCGGCGUCCCCGUCCACCCGCUGCCCCCGCCCCACGCCCUGGCCGCCCACCCGCUGCCGGCCGCCCACUCCCCGCACCCGCUCUUCGCCUCCUCCCAGCAGAGGGACCCCUCCACCUUCUACCCCUGGCUCAUCCACCGCUACCGCUACUUGGGACACCGCUUCCAAGGCAACGAAACGAGCCCGGAAAGCUUCCUCUUACACAAUGCACUCGCCAGGAAACCGAAACGGAUCCGCACCGCCUUCUCGCCGUCCCAGUUGCUGAGGCUGGAGCACGCCUUCGAGAAGAAUCACUACGUCGUCGGGGCCGAGAGGAAGCAGCUGGCCCACAGCCUCAGUCUCACGGAAACUCAGGUAAAAGUUUGGUUCCAGAACCGACGGACGAAGUUCAAGCGCCAGAAGUUGGAAGAAGAAGGUUCGGACUCGCAACAGAAGAAAAAAGGGACUCAUCACAUUAACCGGUGGAGGAUCGCCACCAAGCAAGCCAGCCCAGAGGAGAUCGAUGUCACUUCGGACGAUUAAAUCCUCCCGACUUUCUCUUUCCUUUUAUUAAAAAAAAGAGAGAAAGAGGCAAAAACUCCAAAGGUGGCACUUAAAAACAACAGCAGCAGCAGCAACAACAACACACCCACCCAAAGGAAGCAGACUUUUUCUAUGGACACCAAACAGCAGUGCAAGUGUGAAAGGACCUCUUCGUCGAGGCAGAGAGGAUCGGGGCGACUGAGCCACAAGGCCAGCUAGCCAGAUGUCAGCCCUGGUCCUCUACUGGUACACCCAGGAAAAAGGGGGGGAGGAGAGGGAAGGAAAGGGAAAAGAGGGGGGGGGAGGAGCUGUCAAUCCAAGGCCAGCCAAGGAACAGGUUGACCCCUCUGGCCUCCAAGUCAAAAAAAAGCAGUCCGCAUUUCAAAGGGAAUGAUCCCACUCCUUCCUGCCCCUGUCCACACGCACGCACACACUUUGCCAGGGAUUGGGCCUCAGGCCUCAUCAGCAUCCGGAGAUAUAUAUAUAGAUAUAUCUGUGUAUUAUGAUUAAUUUUCUUUUGCCCUCCUCCCCUUCCAAAGUCUUUGGGGAGAGAAAAUCCCGCACCGAGCCCAGAUCGACACACCUGUUGUUGGAGAAACUUGAACUGCAUGCUUUACAAAAGAGAGAGAGAGAAGGCCUUGGAGAAGGGCAAAGAAAGAAGGUGUAGGGCUUUAAAAAGACAAUAAAUAAAUAAAUCAGAAAACCCCUGGUUGCUAAAGACAGGCAGAAAUGAACUGUAAUUCUUCCCUCCCUCCUCUCCUUUGAGACAGGUUUCUGUGUGCUUUUUAAAUUUUUAUUUUACGAGAAAACUGUGCAGUCUGUAAACCUUUUAAAUGAUAACUUCUGGCGUCAAAACGUGGUUGUGAAAAAAGAAACUCAAUUGAAGUACUGUAGCGGUAACCAAUUCUAAUUCUUUUUCGGAUAUUUUUUUAAAUUAAAUUUAAAUUUUUAAUUUUUUCAUUUUGCUCCUCCAAAAUGGAUAAUUUUUGAAGGAAAAGAAGAAGAAGAAGAAGUGAGUUUCUGUUGGGUAAAGGAAGGGAGGAAGAAAAAGAGACUGGCAGGAAAUGGUCCCCCUUCUUUAAAAGGAUAAAUUAAAAUGAAUCGGUUAUGGUUAUUAUUAUUUUUCCUAAAUCACCUCCUGCCCUCCGACUUCUUCAGCCUGCCACCUCCUAAGCGUGUCUGUUUUCAGUUCCCAUCCUCACCAGGAAGCCCUUGGUUGGCUGGGGAUGAUGGGAGUUGUAGUGAGACCCGUUGAGAAGGCUCCAAGUCGGGAAGGAUUCGGCCUCAGGCCCGUUUUCACUGGGGGAGAGGGGGGGCACAUUUUUCAAGCACUGAAGACGAUGACGAUAUUGAUGUUCCAAGACGACAGAGCUACUAAAAAUGACAAAUGUUUUCCUUCAUGUCUUUACCAGAAUGUAAAUAUGUUCGUGUUUUGUGUUUAAUUUGUUAGAAUUCUAACACACUAUAUACUUCCAAGAAGUAUCUCCAUGUCAAUAUUUUGUCAAUAAAGAUUUAUCAA